CUUCUGCCUAAAAUGGCCACGCAAAAUUCCCAGUCACUAGCUGAAGUUGUAAAACAAGUUGCAGAGCAGCAGCAUUCACAGCUGUCAGACAUAGGAAAAUGCAAAACAGUUCUUUUCCAAUUGCAGGCAAAGCUUCAGGAACUAGAAAAAGAAAUGAAUUCUGUUCUGUUAGAAACAAAGACAACAGAAAGRGAAAUACAUCUGCAAGAUGAUGCCAUAGAAGUGACAAAAUAUCAGUGUGAAAAUCUGGAGGCCCAAGUCAGAGCCCUGUAUUCUGAAAAUUUAAAGYUGAGAUGCGAUGCAGAAACAGUACAAGAGGAGUUUGAGAUGAUACUUGCAAGAAAUAAUGAGUAUCGAGGGAAAAUAAAGGAUCAUAAACACCUCUUUUGGGAGAUGGAAAGUAAAAUGCCAGUUAUGAUUGAACUUGAUAAAAAGAAAGCUGUGGUUGAAGAAUUAAAGACAAAGAAAGAGGAGUUAAUGCGUGAUUUCCAGAAUCCAGAGGGAUCUGUUAUUAAACAAGUGCAGGAAGAAAUCACACUUUUAGAAAGUGAAGUCACAACAUUAAAAGAUUUCAUCAAUAAAAAAACAGAUUUGCUGGAAGAAGAGAAAAAAAAGCAUGCUAAGCUUAGAAAAGAAAUUGAGGUACAGAAUAAGAGAUACGAUGCUAUUUUAAAACGUUUGCAUUGUCAACUGAACAAAAUCCAUUCAAAUAAAAGRCAAUGGCACUGGAACAUUCAGCAGCUGGAGAAGAAGGCUGCAGAACUGAGAAAGUGUCUUGGAGUCACAGAGUUACAAAACAUCAUGUAAGCAACUUAACAAAGCUAGCAUGUGGAUAAUCUUUUCCAGGCAGUGGAGAUUUUUUUUUCUGGAAAUGCUACAAAUCUUAAAUAACCUGAUAGCUGUGUCAGGCCUCAGUGAUUUAUUAAUUAAAUUAAAAAUUUUCUCUCAU